GGCCAGCUCGCUGGGGCUGCGCGGAGACGGCGCGCCUGGAGCCCGCUGUCCCGCCCUGGGCGAGGGGCAGCCGGGGUGUGGCGGUGCCGGGCGGCGCGUCGGGUCCUGCCGAGGAGAGGACGGAUUUGUGCUUGUUUAAAAAACGUAUUAACUAGUGAAAGUGUGAGGCACAGCCAGCACGGUGUGCGUGGUGCGCUGCGCCGUGCCGUGGUUCAGGGACAGUGCUCAAAUGCGGUGUGCGCUGGGGACUGACGCGCUGUCCUAGCCUGCUUUGUCUCUCACGUAGCUGUUUGUCCUUGAAAGAGCCUGUUGUUUCUUUGUGUCUCAGCUCUCGUGUGCUGGUUAUCCUGGCCUCUCUUGCUUGUGAUCACCAUGGCUGCAGUGGAUCGAUUCUCCCUCUUGUACAGAGAAAUCAGUCGCUCCUGCAGUUUCUAUGUAGAAGCCCUGGCUAUUGUUGGAGCUUGGUACACAGUCAGAAAGGUUGUGUCUCUGGCCUUGGACACUUACAGCGCACUCAGGCUGCACGUGAUUCCAAGGCUGAGUGCGGAGGUUGAUCUAGUCAAGAAGUACGGGAAGUGGGCCGUGGUCACGGGUAGCACAGAUGGUAUUGGGAAGGCUUAUGCUGAAGAACUGGCAAAGCGUGGUGUCAACAUCAUCUUAGUCAGCAGAAGCAAAGAGAAGCUGGAGGCUGUCUCCAGGAGCAUAUCUGAAACCUAUAAAGUGGAAACAGAUUUCAUAGUAGCUGAUUUCAGCAAGGGGCGUGAGCUUUACCCAGCCCUUGAGGAUGCUCUGAAAGACAGAGAAAUUGGGAUUUUGGUGAAUAAUGUAGGAGUAUUUUAUGCCUACCCAGACUACUUUACUAAUCUGUCUGAGGAUAUGCUAUGGGACUUGAUCCAUGUAAAUAUUGCUUCUGCUACCAUGAUGACGCAUAUUGUGCUGCCAGGCAUGGUAAAGAAGAAGAAAGGGGCAAUUGUGAACCUUUCUUCAGCAUCCUGUUGUCAGCCAACACCGAUGUUUACAGUCUAUGGAGCCUCUAAAAGCUACUUGGACUAUUUCAGUAGAGGACUACAUUAUGAGUAUGCCUCUAAAGGAAUUUUUGUUCAGAGUCUAACACCAUUUAUUGCUGCUACCAACAUGACAUCAUUCAGCAGCACUGUAUCAAAGAGACCUAUCUUUUUUCCUACUGCUGAAGAAUAUGCAAGUCAUGCUGUUUCUACUCUUGGGUUAUCCAUAAGGACUACUGGUUACUGGAAGCAUGCAAUACAGUGGACGCUGGGUGAGCGCCUGCCUGAGUGGAUAUGGGCAUGGUUUGCUCUGUAUUUCAGCAGAAUUGCACGCAAGCGAGCUUUGGCAGCCAAAGGGAAAUAGGAGUGGCUCGAUGUCCCAGGAGACAGUUCUGAUCAGAGCGCUGCAACAAUGUUUAAUGGACCUUGGAGGACUUACUGUAACUUAUCCAUACAUUGUUAAACAAGCUACGUAACCUAGACAACAGAAGUCUGGAUCCUCUCUGUAUCCUUGUAUUAAAAUAGCUCCUCUGCUGCUUUCCUUUAUGAGAGAGCGCUGAUGUU